GCUAAGGGAGAAGAUGGCGGCGCUCGGGGAACCUGUACGGCUGGAGAGGGAUAUUUGUAGAGCAAUUGAAUUGUUGGAAAAACUACAAAGGAGUGGAGAGGUACCUCCACAGAAGCUUCAGGCUUUGCAAAGAGUCCUUCAAAGUGAAUUCUGCAAUGCUGUAAGAGAGGUAUAUGAACAUGUCUAUGAGACUGUGGACAUCAGUAGCAGUCCUGAAGUAAGAGCAAAUGCAACUGCAAAGGCUACUGUGGCUGCAUUUGCUGCCAGUGAGGGACAUUCUCAUCCUCGAGUUGUUGAGCUACCAAAAACAGAAGAAGGUCUUGGCUUCAAUAUUAUGGGAGGCAAAGAACAGAACUCGCCAAUCUAUAUAUCACGAAUAAUUCCGGGUGGAAUUGCUGAUAGACAUGGGGGCCUCAAGAGAGGAGAUCAGCUCCUGUCUGUUAAUGGAGUGAGUGUUGAAGGAGAACAUCAUGAAAAAGCUGUAGAACUACUGAAAGCAGCUCAAGGAAAGGUUAAAUUAGUAGUACGAUAUACACCCAAGGUCUUAGAAGAAAUGGAAUCACGUUUUGAAAAAAUGAGAUCAGCGAAACGCAGGCAACAGACCUAAUGCAGUUGAGAACUGUAUAUUCUAUUUUGCUUUUAGCUAGAAAAAUUUUACUUGUGACCUACUGAUGGCCUCAAUGCCAGUGAUUGUAAAAAAUCAAACUUCCCAUGAAAUCCUUGCCAUUUUAUAAAUGCCUAUUUUAACAUCAUUUGAGGUUCUAGAGAUGCAUAUACUUUUUUCUGAAAAGAAAAAAGUGAGAGGGCAAUUCUGUCCUGCUGUUUUUACAGGCCUUUUUCAAAUGCAGAUUUUGUCAUAAAGUUGUUAUAGAUUUUUAAAAAUGCUUUUUUAAUAUUAAAAUGUACUUUUACAUUCUUAUCUUUUUUUAGGAAAAAAAAGGAUUUCUUCCUUUGGCUGCUUAUUUAAAAAUAACACUUCUCUAAUUCAUUUUUUGCUUACUCUACGUUUUUUUAAUCUGUAAAAUUUCUUUACAGUUCUCCAAGAAAUCGAACACACAGUCUCAGCUUCAGCAGUUCAUUACACUAUCAAUGUUACCAUUGCUGCUGCAUUUCGUACUUUGGACACACACAUAUAUGAUGAACACUAAGUCAUAACAGUUUUUUACUUUAGACAAUGUCUGAUGAAUAUUCAUUUGUACCGGUUUAUAAAAGCAACUUUUUAAACACUGAGGCAAUCAUUGUUAAAAUAUGUGUGUUUUCAUUAUAUUUGAGGAUCGAGGCAAGAAGAUGUAAUUUGUUAGCAUUGCUGAUUACAUCUUUCUGUUUUUAUUCAGCAGUACAUCAGAUUGCAGAUGCAAAAAUAGUUACGUUUUAUCUUCUACAAAUUUUUAAAAUGCUAUUCAUCUUUAAAUAUAAUUCUUAUAUUUGAUCCUUUCAUACCUAGUGAUGAGCCAGUUGGUGGUGGAAAAUAGAAGAAAUAAAAGUUACUGCCUUUAACCUCAAGUGUCUACACUUUUACUAGCUUGAUUUAAAAGAAUGACACCAAGUAGAGGAUAGGAGGGCAUAUUUAGGGCACAUUGAAAGAUGAGAUGUAUUCAUAAGGAUAUGCAGAUUUACUAAAAGCAAGUCAGACCUCAUUAAAAAUGGUUGAAUUUUUAAAAAUCCAAUCUUUGUUUAUAAUUCAAAAAUACUAGUGGGAAUUCUCAGAGAUACCUUCCUUUGUCCACUGGAUGUCACUAUUUGACUAAAAGGCAGCUUUUAGUGGAUGGCUGAGGUUUUUUCAAAGGCUGAAAUUAAUGAGUUGGGGUUCAUUCAUUUUCAGUUACAACUUAUAGGAACGUUUUAUGUUGUUUUCUUUUUAAUUUUCCAUGAGGGAAGCUAAAAAGGUAAUGGAUUGAAAUUUAUAAGGAAUUUAACGUAAUUAUCGAUCCUGUGUAAACAGUGGGCAUUUUGUUACAUUCCUUCAGGAAGAUGAGCAAUGUGUACCUUUUUCUGCAUGUUUGUGAAAAGCACUGUGAGUCUUGAAAGAUUAUUCCAGUUUUCAAUUAUUUAAGAAUAAAAAUCAGUCAGCCUUGUUAUUUAUCAUAUAGGUAUUGAACACUGGAUUGCAUGGUUGAAUGUGUCUUCAGUCCACUACAAAAUAUGCUUGUUAUUAAUAGGAUCAUGUUGUCAAAUUGUAUAUUUUCAAAGUUAAUUGAUGUUUUUAAAAUGUUGAGACCAAAGUAGUGUAGAAGAAUUAUGGAUUUAUUUUAAUUUAAUUGUAAAGUUACUAGAGGUAUUUGUUGUAGAGCUUUAUAUAUUAAAAAGAGGUAUUGGUGCAUAUAAAAACAGUAAUAUUGUUAUGCUUGUAUUCUUGCAUUGCAGGGUAAGUAAACCCUGGAGAAAUCUUAUUUUAGUAUAGCUACAGCUGCAGUCGCUUCUAAGGGCGUGUCGACAUUUCAUUAUAAAUUAUAGCUUCCUAGUUCAGUGUCUCAGCUGUUUUCAGAACUUUCAGCCAAGUUAAAUCUUUUUUGGUAUUGAAACUUAGUAAGUUGAGUAAGCUAUUUUUUUUUUCCUUCUACAGUAAUCCACAAUCUGUUCUUUGUGUGGGUUGGCACUUAUUUAUAAUUCUUAAAAUAAGGAUAGCUCAGAGGAGCCAAAUACAGUAGGCUUUAUGCUACUGUUGAGCAUGAGUAGCAGUAGUUUUAGUUGAUGCAGCUUUCACAGUUUUUAAAUAUUUCACAAACUUUAAAUCUUGACCAUAGAAAAAUUCAACCAUUCAGUGGCAAAGAUGUGUAUAUUGAAGGAAAUUUCUGUCUUGGAAAUAAAUGACUUUUGGACAUAACAAGGCACAUAACACAUCUAGGUGUUUGAUUUGUAGAUUAUAAACAUAGUGAGGCAGAGAGAUAGUGAAGCAGGCUCAGUGCCAGCUUUGAGUGUGGGAGGCCAGGCUUCAGUCCCUGGCCAUGCCCAGCACUGCUGGAUGUGACCCCCCCAAAAAAACAACCAAAACUUUAUAAAUAUACAUAACUCUCCCCUGCCUAUUCACCUCACCCCCCAGAUCCAUUUAUUUUCUUGGUGUUUUGGAAUAAGUUGACUCAGUGAUUCUCGGCCUUGGCUGCUGGAACACCCUGAAGAACUGUAAAAAAUAUUGAUAACCUGAGUUCUGUCUCACAUCAACUAUAUUAGAGAUUCGGGGGUGCAGCCACAUACUGAAUUUUUUUUAUUUGUUUUCAACCUUUUCCAGUAAUUCUAAAGGACACAUCAGGUUAAGAACCACUAGUUUUUCCUUUUCUAACACUGGACUUUGUUUGGAAAUAUCAGAGUAGGAUGAUAUUUACACCUAUGAUUCCAUUUACACCUAUCAAGUGGUAGCAAAAUGGCUAUAUUAUUUAUUAGGAAUGUAUUCUUUAGGAAUAAAAGAUAUUUAGCAUUCCUUACUUCAGUGGUAAAUAAAAUCUAUGGUUUUUCUUCCUUAAGUAAAAUCUGCCAGUAGUUUAAACAUAAACUUGUAGUGUUUCAUUUUUCUGCACAUUUUUGCUUUUAAAAACUUAGAAAAAUAAAUGUUUAUUUGAGAAAGCAUGUUUAAACAUUGCAGGUGAGAAAUACUGGUAAUUAUGUGUUGCUUAACAUGGCCAUUUUACCCCUUAGUAUAAUUGUAAGUUGUAGUGAACUAGAUCUUCGGGAUUUGAUAAUUCUCAUGUUUUUCUUAAAACUCAUUGUCUUCCUUCCUCUUCCAAAUUCCAGAGUUAUUUUUGUUCAAGUACUUAGUUUGGCUUAAGUACAUCAUUUACAGUUUAAAUGGAUGUUAAAGCUUUGAUAGACAAAAAGGCAAUGGCUUACCUGAGAAGAAUGUCAGCAUGACUUGGUGUCAACGUAAAAGAAUACAUGUGGUGAUUAUUUUAUAAUGUGGAAUGAUCAUUGGAAUAUCCAGGACUCUAGUCAUUGUAUUUCCUGAAUAAAUGUAUGUUUAUGAAAUUUCUAA